AUGUAUUUAAAUAGUCAGUUUCAAGCAACUCUGCUCAUAAUUGCAGGAAUUCAAAAUGUGUAUGCACAGCAAGCUGCAUGGGGCCAGUGUGGAGGAACAGGCUGGACUGGCGCAACGACUUGUGCAUCGGGCUAUGUGUGUACUUAUUCCAAUCCAUACUAUUCCCAAUGCCUUCCCGGCAGCGCAUCAUCAUCAACAACGAUUGCGACAACGCCGGCUACAACCACUUCCGGCACACCAACUACCACGUUUUCCACAACUACCACACCUUCCACAACUACCACACCUUCCACAACAACUACACCUUCCACAACAACUACACCUUCCAAAACCACUACCACCGGUGUAGCCUCAUACCCAGGAGCGACUCUCCAAAGUGGCUACUAUUGGAUUCGUGCUGUUGAAACUCCAAACUUUCAUUCCUACCUCCAAGCCUCACCAACUGCCAAGCCCGGCGCUGCUCUCCUAGCCGAUAGAUCCACCGCCGGCCAGUACCAAAUUGUAUCUGGUCAGCUAGUUGAAUUAAUCGCACCCAACACGUUCCUCUACGCAAAUGUCCAACCACCCUCAAAUCCAUCUGCUGUUAGAUUAUCCGUGACAUUCAACACCACCCAAAAUACGUUUGGUACGUUUGCAUUCAGUGGAGAUACGGUAACAUGGAGUGUAGCUAGCAUUAGUAGGCCAAAUUCAAGUGCGUGGUUGGUUUGUGGCGCUCAGGAGUUGUGGAUCAAUCUGGGAAAUUAUGCGUAUUUGACGCCAACGGGAUGUGUAGAUGAGACGAUUCAUUAUUUCAAUGGAGCAACUGUUGAUUAG